ACUGGCAUUUCCUCAACAAAGCGUACAAAGUGAUCUACAUCGUACCUCAGAAAGAGGUUGACAGCCUUUCUUUCGGUGCUCUUCAAUACUGGCAAACCGAAUAAAUUGAAUCUAGUCCCACUCAAUACUUGGGCAGACGUCAACUCAAUAUGGCCCACCCAAUGAUGAUGGAAGGAGUCUGGUUUGAGAAGUACAGGGUAGAUGAUGCCGAGAAGGCUUACCAGGAGCACAGAGCCAAAGAGUUGUCUGGACUGGUGGUGGAGGCCUCCAGCCCUAGCGCCCAAUCAGAAUCGGCCAAGAGCGACCUCGCUGGCCAGAUUGCACGUGCACGACAGAACAUUCAAAACACACUGAAUGCUGGUGUUGGCCUGGGAAUCGGGGUAACAGUUGACAACCCAGACCUUGCUGCACGUCUCGCUGCAGUCGAGAAGGAAAAUGCCGAUCUGCGUCGAGUGACAGCAGACCUCCAAGCAGCUGUCAGCAAGUUGACGGAGAGAGUCAAUGCCCUUGACAUGAAAUCCCCUGCUGCUCCGGCUGCAGCUCCCGUCAAGAAGCAAGAAACGCCAGUACAAGAUGAGGAAGAUGAUGAUGAUGAUGAUGACAUUGAUCUCUUUGGUGACGAUGAUGAAGAUGAGGGAGACGCCUUGGCACAGAUCCAAGCAAAGAGAGCAGCAGAGGAGAAGGAGAAGACAAAAUCAAAGAAACAAGUCAUUGCAAAGUCAAGCAUAAUUCUCGAUGUCAAACCGUGGGACGAUGAAACAGACAUGCAUGAAAUAGAGAAGCUGGUCCGAACAAUCCAAGCCGAUGGUCUUCUAUGGGGAGCAUCUAAAUUGGUACCUCUGGCAUAUGGCAUUAAGAAACUUCAAAUCGGCUGUGUUGUCGAAGAUGACAAAAUUGGGACCGAUUUCCUGGAAGAGGAGAUUACAAAGUUUGAAGAUAUGGUACAGAGUGUAGACGUUGCCGCCUUCAAUAAGAUCUAAGACUGAGCCGAGAUCAAUGGAUACACCUAACAGCUCUUUGGAAAAUUCAUCUCUCUGCUUGGAAUUUCCACAUAUACCACUAACACUAGUUGUCUAUUGUCUCUUUGAAUAUGCAACUGUCAUAUGGCAUGGGCUAUUCCACACCAUACAUCUGUGGCACGACUCAGACUUAGGUAGAGAAUAGAUUGCUAGAUACAAAGUACCUCAGGCUGUAAUUAAGUUGGCUAACACUGCCAUAGCAUUUGGGAGGGUUCAAUUAAACUUCAAGCCACAAGGAAGUUUUUUAUUGCAACCAUGACAGUUCUCAAAUUUCGGUUAUACAGUGCCCCCUUUGUGUUUAUUGAAAAUAUUGGUUUACUGGGUUACUUUAUAGAAGCUUAGAUGCUUUUUCAAAAUAUUGUGAUUGAAUGAAUUUCUACAAGUGCCAGGUUGGAACUGUCUUAGCAAUCAGACUGGUUGGAUGCCAUCUCAUUGACCGGGUGUGGCCUUGUUCAGAAGAACCAAUCAAAUUUAGCCAUGACUUAACACUGUUUGGCUUGAAGUACACACCACUUUGGGGGACUGAAAAGACACUUUUUUCAACAGAUUUCUGUUCCAGCAUACCAAUGUAUUGCUACUGAAGCAUGUUCAGAACCUUUGUAGGCUUGAUUUAUCUGUCAAAGUUGCCUCUGAAGUAAAUGGAGUGGAGCGUGAACAUUGCCACUGAAUUAAUAAAGAAGAUGAAGUUAAAUAUGCAAUUU